AUGUUCGCCAAAUCCGCCAUCGUUUUCGUCUUCUUUGCCCUCUGUGGUUUCGUCGCGGCGUUCCCUCCUGCCUGUGUCCUCGGAGCAGUCAUCACCCAAAAAGACCUCAGUGACUUCGGAACUCUAUGCGGCUCCUCUAGCAACGCCGUUCAAAAGCAGAUAGUCAAAUUAUGUGAGGGCGAUUCUGACGCUGGCCUAAAGUCUUUCAAGGCUGCCUGCUCCGAUGCCGGAUAUGACAUCAAUCUCAUUGAUACCAACACUUCUUCUUCUUCUUCCGCGACCUCUACUGCUUCCAGCACUGGCUCGUUGACCACUUCCAAGUCCUCCCCCACUUCGGCUUCUGGCUCUGGCUUGUCUCCAUCCAACACUUCCUCUCCAUCUAGUGAGCCUAACGCUGGAUCCCUCCACAAGGCUGACUCGAUGUUUGUUGCUCUCGUUGUUGCUAUUAUCGGGGCUAUUGCGCUUUAA